CACGAAUGCACGUGGCACGUGUGCCACGAGCAUUGAGAAGAACAGCACGGAACCGAGGCGACGCUCGUCUUCACGUCUCUGCAGCGGAACCUGCGAAAGUGCACUUGCGGGAGUGGUGUGAAGCAGUCUGCGUUUUGCACCGUCUGCAGUAACCGGAGGCCGUCGGGCAGUGUCCGGUAACUUGGCAAGAAAGUCAAUAGACUUGGCAACCAUGAGAAAAGGCAGUGCCAAGCACGGACGCGGCGACAGACGCGCUUACCAACGGAACGCAGACAAACCGGACAAGCGCGGGCCGACAGAACCGCAAAUCGAGCCGGGCCCUCCAAAGCUUGUAACCGAGGGCGACGACCUGAGGACCCCUGCCAUCGGCACCCCUCCUGCAGCCGCCAUCACCACCACGGUGGAAGACCACCCCGCGGAUCCGACGGGUGCCCCUGAAAGGCGCACUGCCAUUUACGUAGAUAAGCCAGCGACAUCGCCGCCACCUAUCGGCGGGACAGCUGCGCAACGGGAGCCUCAGGAGCAUCGAGAGAAGGAGAAGGAGCACAGGGAAUUAGCUGCACUGGAGAUUCCGUCCCCGGCGGUGCAGCAAGCGAACCAACCGACGGCAGUCGAAGCGGCGACGAAAGACUUGAAGUCCCAGGUUGCAGUGCCGCAGCCAAGCGCAAAGCCCCUGGCCUUAGAGAAACAUCGAAGUCGGCGCAAACGCUCGGUGAAGCCACGCGUCGGUACCAAGAGAGCGCCUGGCGCGUCGCCGGCAUCCGCCGGGAGUCCCGCCGACGUCCGCAACGGACUCGACGCUGGAGCGCGCAACGUACCCGGCUACCGACCUUCCGAAGUUGGAGCGCCGUCCCUCACGUCAUCGCACUUGCGCGUCCCGGCUGGUGAAAAAGAACCGCAGCAGGGACCAAGCGUGGCUUACCUUCUGGGAAUGUCUCCUGACGCCACGCCUCCAGGAUCGGCGGGGCCGCCGUCAAAGGUUCCUUCCCCUACUAGGUCCCCGCCAGAGCGGGGCAAACGAAGCCACGACGAAUCCGUCGCUCGUGCCAAACGCGCGUCACCGAAAUCUGCGGAUCGGAAUUCUAUUGUCGCCGCGGAACUGCUCUCUUCGUACGAAAAACUCAAGGACAUGGCAAAGUCGAGGACACCGGAGACUCUCAUGUCGAAAAUAGGAUUCACGAAAACGACGUUGACGAAAACGUUGAUCACAGGAAAGACCGGAUGGCCCACGGUCGCCGUAACCAUUGGCAUCUGCGCCCUGUUCCUUGGCACCCUUCUCCUUCUGGCCGUGCAGCGCUCCUUCACACCUCUCAGGCUGUGCCGCGCCGAAGACUGUCAACGCCACGUGACGCUUCUCACCGAUCGCUUGAACACAACGCUCGACCCGUGCGACGACUUUAGGGCUUUCGUCUGUUCCGCGUGGCAGAUGUCGAGGAAGAACCGUGAGCAAUCCAGGUCGGUGAUCGACGACCUCAGAUUCACUUGGUUCGACCGUUUCGAGGACACCCUGACCAUGGGCGCGCUGAAGUUUUCCGCCGGGAGAAAGCCGCUCGCCAUGUACCGCAUGUGCAAGCACUAUUUCCCUUCCAACGGUUCGCAGGUUGAGCUCAUACGCAACUUCUUCAAUCGCUUCGGGUUUCGCUGGCCGCAGACGCCCGAGGAGUUAAUGCCCCCACUCGUCUUGCUCGUCAUGCUAAGCUACCAGUGGCAAUCGCCGGCUUGGAUAACAGUCCAUCUUCUGGAACCUUCCGCCACUGGCAGACAGCGGGUGCUGGUUACUCCGGGCAUCUACGUUCGCACGCUUCGCAAUCAACAUCGAAGAGUCGAAGUGGCGUACGAUCGUUACUGGCAGCUGUACCUAGAGCUCUUCUACCCUGACCCCAUAACACGACCCACAUCGAGUGAGGAAGCCAUCCGAGAGAUUCGUGACAUGGAAGGUGACGUGUUCGACAGCUUACACGCCGCGGCAGAGUCUCAGCGAAAGAGGCCCGCGAAGUUUACCUUCGACGAAAUCGACACCCACGUCCCGAAUGCGUCUGGCGCCAUCUGGGUCAACGCGUUCCAGGCGGGCAUGUCACUGCACCCGAGUCUGACCGCCGACGACGAGAUCGUCACCACCGACGUAGCCUUCCUGAGCGUCGUCGCCGAGCUCCUGGUCAAGUACGACACGCUCAUGUUGAACAGGCACCUGGUGUGGUUGAUUAUGCAGUACUACACGCCCUUGACGGACUACGCUUUCGUGGUGGGCUAUUAUGGGAGCAACGACAAUGCAGCAGCGUACCUGCCGGUGUUCUGUGCGCACCAAGUGGAAGCCACGUACAAGGUCCUCGUGCUCGCCCUCGGCGUCGUCACCCGGUUGCCGGUACACGACCGAAGAGUCAUCAACGCCGGCUUCCAGAGUCUCGUCUCUGCCGCUUUCGCGAAGAUUCGAGACUCCAUCUGGAUAGACGAAAAGGACAAGAUGCGGAUGUUCACCAAGUUUGCCGCCAUAAAGAUGGACUUCUUGCCACCGGAUACGAUACUUGACGACAUCGUGCUGGAAAGGCUUUACGCCGGCUUUCCGGAGGAAGAGCCGUCUUUAGCCCAUUACUGGUUCAAAUCAGUGGCGGCCAUACAGGAAAUGAACAGGAUUCCAGAAUACAACAAGGCGCUGCUUCUGCCGCGUAACGACAUCCCGAACUACGCUGGCUAUGGCUACUUCUCAAAUACCGUUCAGCUGGCGAUAGCUGCCGCCGCAGCACCCGCGUACUACGGGAACGGUACCAAGGGCAUGCUGUACGGUGGCCUUCUUUUCCUGCUGGCCAUGCAGAUGGUAAGGGCGAUCGAUGACGAAGGCAUCAGGUGGGCCCCGAAUAACACCGCACUGAAGGACACCAUGCUGUCCAACGCUUCUCUACAAGCGUUCCGCCAAAGGGCCGCAUGUCGGUACGGCGCCGGGAAUGAAAGUGCGUUUCCCGAGGUGCCAGCCCUCGAGAUUGCCUAUUCCGCCCUCGUGGAGUCUCACAUUGCGGACAAAACCGAGCCAUUGGCACUCAGCGAGCAGCUGCCGGAAGACAAGGUCUUUUUCAUGACGCUUUGCUACAUGACGUGCCACAGCACGGCUAUCAGGAGCCACAUUGCGGCGGACUGCAACAAGGCUGGCACUACUGGAGAUCCUGGCCAUCCAGUCGCCGAGACUUGUUCUUGUUCCCUAGUGAAAUGGCGCAAGCCACUAUGGGUGGGGAAUCGGCCCAUGAAUCUGGCGGUGAAAAAACUUAAACUAUAUUUAAAUAAAUUAAGGUGACGUGAAAUAACUAUCUCCCCCCAAUCUCCGUACUC